AUGGCCUUUAAAGUUUCCAUGAAUUGGGUCGAGAUCAAACAGCUUGAUCAGAAACGAGUUCGAUUGCUCUCCUUGUUUCUAACCACUGUGUUGUUGUUCCCACUGGCUCUCUGGAGUUUCCUCUUCUCUGGAAGUGAUGAAGUUGGUGUCUCCAUUGGGAAUUUUGGUUGGCCUAUAGCUAACACUGUUGUAUUCGGAGUGCUGUUGACUGAGAAUCACAACGAAGAUAAGUUUUCGAGCUCCAAGAAAGACUCUGGGAGGGAGUUUCUAUGCACCAUAGUAUUGGAACUCUUCUACUUCCCUGAGCUUUCUCUUUGGGGAUUGUUGUUGUGUGGUUUGUUGCUUUACGUUUCCGUCAGAGAAUUGGACUCUGUGAAUUUAGAUUAUCACGAGAUUGGUAUGGAAUCACCUGAGUCGUUUACCACUAUGUUUAAGAAGCCUAUUUGUCACAUUUUGAGCGAGAAGAAGUCCAGAAAGAUUGCUUUGUUUCUUUUGAUCAACACGGCGUAUAUGCUUCGCAGCAACAACGAAGAGAUAUCAGAAGGCGUUGUUGGUAUAUUUAAAGCAGUUAUCGCGAAACUACAAUCUCAGUCUGUAGACAGCUUCUCUGGUACAAUGUGCGUGGACGUUGUGAUACCAUCGUUGCUUCACCUUCCUGAUGAGAGGGAUGGCGCGGCCAAAGCUGUUAGUCUCCUCCUGGCAGACUAUUGUUCCAAACGCAUAAACAGUUUCAAUCUCUGUGGUCUAGCUGAUAGAGAUAGUGUGGAGAGAUGGUAG